AUGUCUACAAAUAUAACAGCUGAAAAUGUUCGAUCAUGCUCAUUAAACAAUGGUAAAAUGAAAAUUAAGAUCAAAGGAUUUUUACCUAGUUGUGCACAUAUUAUUUCAUUUUACCCCCGUACUGCGCAGAAGGUUAUAGAAAAUAGUACUUCAUCAAACAUACCUAAUCACAGCUUGAUUUGCAAAGCAUCCUUAACUGACUCAUCAUUGCCAAAACCAUGCGACGAUUCAACAUGUUUGAUCGCAAAUAUAGAAUUUGUUGGGUACUCCAAACUAUUCGGUUUUAUUUGGAAGAAAUGUUCUCGCGAUAUUAAAAAUCACUUUAAAAAUAUUGAAAAAGAAGCAAAGAAAUUACUUCAAGGCUCAGCAGGGAAUCUAUGCUUUAUUGAGUAUGACCCCAGCAAAAAAACUCGAAGAAAUAAAAGAAAGAAAACGAAAUUGGAUGAUUCGGAACUUGGUAUAACGAUGGAUGAUCCCACUUAUAAAGAAUGGUAUAAUAAAGAAAUUGAACGUAUUGAACAUAUUAAACAUAUUGUUAACGGCACAGUUGAUAAUAAUUUGUUCGAACAACGCAGUACAAUGGAUUAUGUAAUUCACAAUGAUUGGUUGUCCGGUUAA